UGGCCCUCUUAAUAUCUUAAAGAAAUUCAAACUGAGCACAACUAAAACCAAAACUAAAAAAGACAAAACUUACAAAAACAAAAAAACUCUUUUAAAUAUAGAGACAAAGAAAUUACUCGAACUCUUAGUGAAAUAAAAAUAGUGAAUCAAGUGCAGUGGAAAUUAAUUUAAUUUCAAAAAAGAAAACAAAAGUUAAUUAAAGGCCUACAGAGCCUGCAAAAAAUAAUAAAUCGUCCACAAAUGAUGACUGAUUCAUUGAGGAAAAUUGCUCGAAGUAGGAAAUUUUAUAGUGCCGUUGGAGUUUUGACAGGUUGCAGUCUCGUGCUUUACGAGAAGCACAAAAUCAAUCAAUUUCUCUCGAAACUAGUCAAUCCAAGUGUCCUUGAUGUUGAAAGAAAACGCCCCGACUACAUUUACAUUAAAUACCACAUCUAUCGCGAGUCUAUGAGGAAACUCCAACGCAAACAGGAACAAGAUAAAAAUUGGAUAAAUGUGAUUAUCAAUCCUGUUGGCAAAUGGUGGAAAUCGUUUAAACACUCUGUGGCAUGGCGUUUAUUGAAUAUUGCUCAAAAUGGUGAUCAACAUGAACGUCUCAAGGCCAUUCAGCAAUUGUCAAGUAUUGAUCAUUUGAAAGAUUGGGACUUUAGACAUUUGGCACAAAUUUGUGAUGCAAGAACUGCAGUCUCUUUGGCAAGGUCUGGAUGUGAUACGAGAUGGUUCUUGCCAGUUCAUAUGAAAGGAGUUAUCAAAAAUCCAAAAUAUGCUUUGGCUGAUUUGCACAAAAUGCUCGAAGAUCUUCAACCUCAUGAUUGUGUGCACCAUUUUUUGAAGAAAUAUUUCCCAGCAAAUGAUCCUCAUGCUGAAGAUAUUGAUGAAUUUAUUCAACAAGGCAAUUCCCUGUCGGUUCAAGAUACAGACUUGUUGAAGGAAGUCAUUGCUUUCCUUCAUCACAUUACAAAAGAUGAAGAAAUUUGCUUGAAAAUCAUAAAGGAAGGCGGUCUGAUGCAUCUUAUGGAGCUGAGAAAGAUCUUUGCAGGGGAUAGUGAAACUCUAUCGACUCUGUGCAAGGUUCUAGCUAACAUUUCAUUGUGUGAAUCUUCAGUUCAAGACUUUUUCGCAUCAGGUUGGAUUGGUGUCCUUGCUGAAUGGCAAAGAGGUCAUGAUAUCCGCUUGCAAGUGACAGGAGCCAAAUGCUUGGCUAACUUGGACCAUGAUGAUCCAAACUACACACAAUACCCGCCAAAUGUUUAUCCUCUGCAUCCUCUGAUGAGGACGAGGACAAAGCCAAAGGCUGAUGUUGUCUUUAUUCAUGGUCUAUUGGGUGGUGUCUUCAUAACAUGGCGCCAAAAGGAUCGUGUUCCAACAGAGUUGGGUCUCUAUGGCAAGAAUGCAUUCUACACAAAUGAAGUCGAUGAUGUGUUCUUGAUUGGCGAAGCAAAACGAAUGUUUAGCAAAAAUGGUAAAAAUGGCAAAAAGAUGACCAAGAAAAUUGAGCAAACAUCAGCAGAGAGAGAUUCUCUUGUGAGUCAAACAAAACAAAGUGGUAAAGGGCUUGAGAUAAGCGAUGAAGCUACCAAAGAACUUGUGGAGACAUUGAGGAGUACAGCUGAAUUGAGUCCCGAUUGGGAAGUUGUUCAUCCAGACAUUCCAUUAAAAGCGAAUGAAGACUGCCAAGGGGAAUUCAGCGUGAAUGGAAGUGAAUGGAUAAAUCAUGAUACGGAAGAAUACACAAACUGCUGGCCGAUGGAAUGGCUGCCAGAGGAUCACCCCAAUAUGAGAAUCCUCGGUAUUGACUACACAUCGGCAGUGAGUGAAUGGUCAGCUAACUUCACAAAGUAUUGUCCAUGUGAAAAGGGCCAAGGGCAUUUUGAUAUCCGAGCAACUUCCCUGCUUGAGCGCAUCUCUCGAUCAGAUGUGGGCAAAGAUCGUCCCAUUGUUUGGAUUGGCCAUUCCAUGGGUGGAAUCCUCACCAAAAUCAUGCUUCUCAAAGCUCUCGCAGAUCCCGACCCAAAAGUGAGACAAAUUGCUGAAAGUACACGCGGAAUAGUGUUCCUGGGAACACCACACAGAGGCUCCUCCAUAGCCAAAUGGAAGCAACACAUGCAAGUGAUCCUUUCGCCUUCGAUUGAAGUCAAAGAACUCGAAGAAGGCUCUCCAAAGCUGCUCGAAUUACAUAAUCGUUUCAUGCAUUGUCUGAAGACUUGUUUGAAGCAUGUGAAUAUCGUGAGCAUUGCCGAGGGAACACCCACAAUGCUAACUUCAUUCAAAUUCCCCCUUCGCAUUGUAACCGAAGAAUCAGCACGCAUAGACCAUGGAGACUUCUACAUUCUCAAAGAUGACCAUUUGAGUCUGAGUAAACCAAUCUUUCGUCAGUCAUUUCUCUAUCAGAGGCUUUUAAGAGUCAUCGAAGAAUCAGUGGAGACUCCAAAGCCAGCGGAGGUUGAAGAAGAAAAAGAAGUCGAACCAGUGAGGCAGAGUUUCACAGCUCCUGCUGUGCAGAGUGUAAGUUCUAGUCUUUGGUCAAUAAUUCCAACAUUUUUCGUCAGAUAUACCGCUUAGAGGGGAACUUUAGCUAGAUCUGCUACUUGUGCCUGCCUGCUGCACUCCCGCCUUCCAGAGACUGUUUAGUUUUUUAUAAAUUUAACUAAUUUUGUAUUCUUUUUGUACCUACAACCUUAAAUGUAUUACUAUUUUAUAUUUUAGUACAUAUUCUCAUUUUUUUUUUGUUAAAAUAUUUUAUUUUAUUUAUAAAUUGUCACAAAUUCAUUACUUUUUUAAUUAAUUAUAACUCUGAGCAUCCAUGUCCAUAAAAAUAAAAACAAAGAAUAUUUAUUUAAAUUUAAUUAAGUGAUCAAAAACUCAAUGAAUAGAUUUUCUUUACAAGUUAAAGCUUAUAAUUGUAAAAGCACUUAAGAGCUUAUAAAACAAAACAAAAUAACUGUGUUAUGAAGUAAAUUUUAAAAUUCUUUUAAAAAUUUAUUGAUUAAAGAGAUGACAAAAUGAUGUGCUUGAAAAGUAUUUAAUUUAAGAGCUUGAGAUUAUUUUCUCUUGCGAAAACUAUUUUGUAUUAUAAUACACUUAAGAAAUUUUUUGAUAUUUUUAUUAAAUAAAAUAAUAAAAUAAAUUUGUCAAUAUUAUAAAUGCUUAAAUAUUAA